AAAAACGCAAACCUUAUUGCGGAUGCCCUGGAGUUUAUGUACACCCCGUGGCCUGAUAAAAGCAACAAAUACGCACUAAGGGGUCAACUUAUGGACCUCUUCGGCGAUUUCGUAUUCUAUGCACCUAGUCACCAGUCCGCCGAUGUUCACAGUUCGGUUGCUCCGGUAUACAUACUCGAGUUUGCGCAUCGUUCAAAAACGGUUACUAAGCUCCCGAAGUGGAUGGGCGUGGUCCAUGGUGCCAAUAGACAUUACGACUUUGGAAUUCCUCUAAUCCCACCGUUUUCUUCCCGUUACGACGCAGAUGACAAAAACGUCAGUUUGUUCAUUAUGGCGCUGUACACAAACUUUGCUAAGUUCGGUGAUCCAACGCCGCAGCCAGUCAGCGGUGUUAUGUGGAAGAGAUACAACUCAAGCUACAGGGCGUAUCUACGAGCUGACUCGAAACCUAAGAUGGCGGCGUCCUUUGUCCCGCGUCGAAUGGCAUUCUGGAAUGAUUACUAUCCAAAGCUUGAACAAGUCAAGUUUGAUACGAAGGAAUAUGUGGCUAGUGGUACCGGCGAAAAUGUAUGCAGCACAAUAUUUUUUCUCACCGCUCUUUCCUUUGGCAUUUUUAGGACAUUAAAAUGAGACUUGAGAAAAUGUUUGAAAAUAAUACAUGGACAUUAUAUCUGUAUAACUUACCUUAGUGAAACUUGCUUCUGACUUUUGCGUUAAAGUUACAUUCGAUAACACUCUUCGCUAGUAUUUGCGCCAUGAUUGGUCAAUUUAGCGGGCUGUGUUUCACCGUAUGGCUCACUAAAUUCAAAAGCUUGUUUUAAUUGGCAUAUUUCCCCUCCAUUUUAACUCAGAUAUAUAAGAAAUACAUUGCUAACCUCGAUUUCUCAGUCCGUAUUGUAAGUUACGGAACCUGGUUUUUUGCUCUCGGAUUUAUGGCCCCAUACCUUGCACAUAGGCCAUAUUUCCGAGCGGAAAAAAACUGGCGUGCAAUUUACACUAUGGACCCCAAACACGGUUAGUAAGAGUUAUAUAUUUGACGGUGAGAUUUUUCAUCGAGGUAAACUUGGCUCCUCUGAAAAUAAAAUUUUCAUAAAAUUCGUGUGUGCAGUAAUCGAAUUUAUAGCCUGCUCUAUAUCUUAGAU